UUAUUAUUAUUUUUAAAUUUUCAAUUCGCAAGUGCAGUGUUUGUGUGAGCAGAGUCGGAAUGCCGUUCCCCAUUCAUCCACCGAAGCAAAUGCCUUGCCCGCACUGGCAGCACUUUCCCAUCAGUCCGGUGGACAGCAAGCCGGCGCCGUUUGGCAGCAGCAGCAACGGCGGCGGCCAGAAGGGCGACGCGUCCAUGACAGCCGAGAAGCCACCGGAGCCGGUGUCCUAUCGCUACUGUGUGCAAUGCAGGGCAGCUGGCAAGGAUGUGGGCGGCAUCGAUCAGGAUUGAGGGCCAUUUGUCCAUGCAUGCAUAUCUUCUUCUCCACACACUGGCAAUGUCACUGACAGCAGCAGCACCAUCCCAGCAACCACCCAACCACCCAUUUAGCACGCUCACCAGACACACAAAAAGAACCAAAACCAAAACAAAUCGCAUCAAUUCAUAUCGAAGCAC